GGGUUACCCCUUAGUACAUUCACCAUCACCGUUAUCAGUUUCCAAGUGAAACCUAAGAGACAGAACAUAGGGUUUUGCUGCUGAGGUUUUUGGCUGCAAACUCAAGUCUCUCACACGCCACCACACCACUGAAGAACAACGGCAUCUACUAGUAUUUAGGUUUAAUUUUAGCUUUAGGGUUCAGCAAUCUCUUCCAUCCUUCCGGGGACAUCCGAAUUUUGAACGAAUCUACUUAAGUUUAAGAUUUAAUCUUUGUUUUUUCGCCGUCGUUUCAAUCAGUAGAAAGAGAUGGGGAAGAGGAAAAGGAUGGAAAAAGAUGGUGCUGAUGGUGGUGUUAAACGUACAAGAGAUAGUGAACACUCACCUUCAACAGUCUACGUUAGCGGCUUACCCUACGAUUUUACAAACGACAAGCUUCAAGAAACAUUUAGUGAAGUUGGUCCCCUUAGGCGUUGGUUCCUUGUUACUCAAAAGGGAUCAAAUGUUCAUAAAGGGUUUGCAUACGUCACAUUUGCUGAUACAAAAGAUGCCAACAGUGCCAUUGAGCUGAAAAAUGGUGCAUUAGUUGGUAAUAGGCGAAUUGCAGUUAGACAUGCCAUGCAUCGUGCGUCUCUUGAGCAACGGCGUUCAAAGACAAAUCAAGACGACUCUAAGAAAAAAGAGGACAAAGAGGACAAGGAUGAUAAGAAAAAAGAGGACGAGGAUGAUAUUUCCACCGACGAUGUCAAUGAUGAGAAGAUUUCAGAUGAACAUGAAAGAGAUUCUUCAGAGGAGGUAAAGGGAAGCCGUAAAGCUCUUGUAACUCCCAGUUCUCCUGCUGAUAACGAGAAAUCUUCAGGGAAGGUGAAGAAAACCGGUAAAGCUCUAGUUACAUCCGAUUCUCCUGCUGAGAAAGAGAAGUCUUCAAGGAAGGUGAAGAAAACCGGUAAAGCACUUGCUCCUUCCGAUUCUCCUGCCGAGAAAGAGAAAUAUGCAGAGAAGGUGAAGAAAACUGGUAAAGCUCUUGUUCCAUCUGAUUCUCUCUCUGAGAAAGAGAAGCCUUCAGCGGAGGUGCAAGGAACCAGUAAAGCUCUUCUACCUCCCAAUUCCCUUCCUAAGAAAGGGAAAUCAUCAAGAGAGGUGAAGGAUACUGGUAAAGCUGUUGUUUCGUCCAUUUCUGCUGCUGAUAAAGGGAAGGCUUCAGAGGAGAUUAAGGGAACCGGUAAAGCUUUUGUGCCUCCCAGUAUUGUUGCUAAAGGGGAAUCAUCAGAAAAGCAGAGGGUUGCUAGAACAGUUAUAUUUGGUGGAAUCGCAAGUGCUGAUAUUGCUGAAGAAGUUAUUCGUCGUGCCAAAGAGGUUGGUGAUUGGUGUUCUGUUACAUAUCCUCUCCCAAAACAAGAGCUUGAACUCCAUGCGCUUGCUCGAGAUGGAUGCAAGAUGGAUGCUGCAGCUGUACUUUACAAGGGCGUUAGAUCAGCUCGUGUUGCAGUUACUAAGUUGCAUCAACAAGAGAUAAAGGGUGCAUCUGUUUGGGCACGUCAGUUGGGUGGAGAGGGUUCCAAGACUGCUAAAUGGAAGCUUAUUGUCAGAAAUAUGCCUUUUGAGGCAAAAGUCAGUGAGAUUAAAGAACUUUUUUCAUCAGCGGGUUUUGUGUGGAACGUGUUGAUUCCUCAGGCUCCUGAUACAGGAAGGUCCAAGGGAUUUGCAUUUGUUACCUUCACAUGCAAGCAGGAUGCUGAAAGUGCAAUCCGUACAAUAAAUGGGAAAAAAUUUGGUAAAAGGCCCAUCGCUGUUGAUUGGGCUAUCCCGAAGAAAAUAUACACCACUGGUGCUAAUGCAGUUGAUUCAUAUAAAGAUGGACUACAAGAUAGUGAAGAGGAGGAUGAUGAAACCAGUAGUGAUGACAUGGAAGAUGGUGAUGGUGAUAGAAAAUCCCAGCAACCUCAAACAGGGGAUACUACUACAAAAGAUUCUGCUGUUACUGAGAAUGGUGUUCCGGUUGAAGUGGCUGAUUUUGAGGAGGAAUUUGACAUUGCAAGGAAAGUUUUUAAGAGUUUGACCACAUCCUCCGGAAAAGGAGACUUAGAUUCUAUUGGCGAAGAUUCAGCUUUACCUCCAAGUAAAGAUGUGGUAACUACUACAAUUGAAAAGGCUGCAGCAGAGGUGAAACCUAAAUGGUCUGGCAAGACUGAAAUGACAGAGAAAGAAAUGUUGGAAGAAGAAAGCGAUAGGCAGAGAAGUGUUUUCAUAAACAAUCUCCCAUUUGAUACUGUAAGUGAAGAGGUGAAGCAACGGUUCUCUAAAUACGGGGAAGUGCAGUCAUUUUGGCCUGUUCUUCACAAAGUCACCAGGCGGCCGACAGGGACUGGUUUUCUCAAGUUCAGUACACCAGCCCAGGCUGAUGCUGCGGUUGCAGCAGCACAGACUACAGGUGACUCGGGGAUUUUUCUGAAAGGCAGACAGCUAACUGUGUUUAAGGCCUUGGACAGGAAGUCAGCUAACGAUAAGAAACUUGAAAAGGCAAAGACUGGGGAUGUUGACCAACGCAACCUUUAUCUUGCGAAGGAAGGCGUUAUUCUCGAUGGUUCACCUGCUGCUGAAGGUGUUUCAGCACAUGAUAUGAAUAAACGGCAAGCGUUGGAGAAGUCGAAGAAUGUUAAGCUUCAAUCUCCGAACUUUCAUGUUUCAAAAACUAGACUCAUCGUGUACAAUGUGCCAAAGACAGUGUCUGAGAAGCAGCUUAAAAAGAUUUUUAUAGAUGCAGUUCUUUCCAGAGCUAGCAAACAAACUCCCGUCGUUCAACAGGUAAAAAUCAUUAAGGAUUCCAAGGAUGCAAAAGUGCCCAAGAACCAUUCACGUGGAGUAGCUUUCAUUGAGUUCACGGAACAUCAGCAUGCACUUGUGGCCCUGAGAGUUCUUAAUAAUAAUCCUGAAACUUUUGGCCCUGAGCAUCGUCCCAUUGUUCAGUUUUCCCUUGAAGAUAUCCGGACACUGAAACUACGUCAGAAGAAGUUAGAAUAUUGGCAGGCCCGUUCCGGCACAGAAGCCUUGCCACGACCUGCCACAUCACAAAGGGCAGAUACUCAAAAUAACGACACAAACAAAUUAGGAAAGCUCAAAUCUCGAGGUGGUAACUUUUCAUCCAAGGAAAUGGGUGAAGAUAAACAAGGGGACGGGGAAAAUGUUGCACCUGAUGGAUCCAGCGAUAGAGAAACUCCUGCAGGCAAAAAGUUCAAGGGUACCCCUGCAAGAGAAAGAAAGACCAAGUUUGCUGCAAAAGGUAAGGCGGAAGACUCAACAGAGAAACCCAAGAAGAAUAAACCAUCCAAGUUGGAGAAUAAAGAAGCACCUGAAUUGAAAUCAAAGGAGAACGCCGAGACUGGUCAGAAAAAGAGGAAGUUUCCGGAUGAAAUGAAUUUGAUGCAACCAAGGGAAGGGAAGCGUCCUAAUAAAACUAAGAGAAGGUCCAAGUCUGGGGGAGAUGAAGUGGUUGACAAGCUUGAUGUGCUCAUUGAAAAAUAUACGUCUAAGUUUUCACAGCAUAAUUCGAACAAGACUGCUGUACCUGGUGAAAAGCAAGGUUCUAGGCAACUCAAAAGAUGGUUUUCAUAGUAUUUUAGCUUUCGGUUUUACUAGGAAUUUGUUACUGCUGCUGCUGUAUUAACUAUCUUAUACAUACCAGGUCUUCUCCUAUAGUCAGGCUCGGCCCUCUAUUGGUUGAAGUUGUACGAGGAGAAGUUAUUUUAUGUUUAGUAUGUAACUUUAUAAAUUCCUUCACGGCAAAUUUUGUUCUGUUCACUUUGAACUGAAAGAAACUGUGAGAAAAGAGUGUAAGUUUAACAAUUUGUUUACUAAUUUUGCAUAAUGCAACCUUCAGUUUUAGUAAGCAA